AUGGAUUCAAGGAACAAAACAAUUGCUGAAGAGCCACUCUUAUUACCGGCAAGCGAUGCGCCACCGACGCACCAUGAAUCUGACGGCGAGCUUGAGAGAGUGCUAUCGGACACCACCGUGCCAUACUUCCGCCGCAUCCGUUCCGCCACGUGGAUUGAGCUUAAACUGCUCUUCUUCUUAGCCGCUCCAGCUGUGUUUGUUUAUCUCAUCAACUAUGUUAUGUCUAUGUCCACACAAAUCUUCUCCGGCCACCUUGGUAACCUUGAGCUCGCCGCCGCGUCGCUCGGGAACACCGGUAUUCAGAUAUUUGCUUAUGGCCUCAUGUUGGGUAUGGGAAGUGCAGUGGAAACACUAUGUGGACAAGCAUAUGGAGCAGAAAAAUAUGAAAUGCUUGGAACUUAUCUACAAAGAUCAACAAUUCUUCUAACCAUAACCGGUUUAUUCCUAACGGUUAUUUAUAUCUUAAGCAAACCAAUUCUAAUAGCCAUAGGACAAUCACCAAGAAUCUCUUCUGCCGCCGCGCUUUUCGUUUACGGACUUAUCCCACAAAUAUUCGCUUAUGCGGUAAACUUUCCGAUUUCCAAGUUUCUUCAAGCACAGAGUAUAGUUCUACCAAGUGCAUACAUUUCAGCAGCAACAUUGGUGGUUCAUCUUGUACUAAGUUGGCUAGUUGUUUUUAAGAUUGGGUUGGGAUUAGUGGGAGCUUCGUUGGUUUUGAGUUUGUCGUGGUGGAUUAUUGUUGUUGCUCAGUUUGUUUAUAUUGUGAAGAGUGAAAAGUGUAAGAAGACGUGGAAUGGGUUUACGGUGGAGGCGUUUUCGGGGUUGCCGGAGUUUUUUAAACUGUCGGCGGCUUCCGCGGUUAUGCUGUGUCUUGAAUCUUGGUAUUUUCAGAUUCUGGUUUUGCUUGCAGGGCUUCUUCCUGAGCCAGAAUUGGCUCUUGAUUCUCUUUCUAUUUGCACCACUAUUCUUGGAUGGGUGUUCAUGAUCUCAGUUGGAUUCAAUGCAGCUGCAAGUGUGAGGGUGAGCAACGAACUAGGAGCAAGAAAUCCAAGAUCAGCUUCAUUUUCGGUGAAAGUGGUGACAUUGAUAUCAUUUUUAGUAUCGAUAAUCUCUGCGAUAGUUGUGCUUGCAUUAAGAGAUGUUAUCAGCUAUGUUUUCACGGAGGGUGAAGCCGUGGCAGCCGCGGUCUCAGAUCUUUGUCCACUCCUCGCUGUUUCUCUUGUCCUCAAUGGCAUUCAACCUGUCUUAUCUGGUGUUGCUGUUGGUUGUGGAUGGCAAGCUUUCGUGGCUUAUGUGAACGUGGGUUGUUAUUAUAUAGCUGGUAUACCAUUGGGUGCAAUUCUAGGCUUUUAUUUUAAUUUUGGUGCUAAGGGAAUAUGGCUAGGGAUGCUUGGUGGAACUUCUAUGCAGACAAUUAUUCUGAUGUGGGUCACAUUUAGAACUGACUGGAACAAAGAGGUGGAAGCAUCAGUCCAGAGGUUGAACAAAUGGGAAGAUAAAAAAGAGCCCCUUUUAAAUUAA